AUGGCGGAGUGCACGAGCCGGAGCACACCUCACAAUCUCCUCGUCCCGCUGCUUGGUCAGGGGCCUGUACUCCCUCCCAUCCACCGCGGCCUUGGUCCCCUCGACCCACUUGCGCUUGAGCUCGUCGUCGACCUUGGGAUCCUCCCGCGCGUACCAGCUCAUCAUGGGCUCGAGCAGGUGGUCGGCCAUGUAUUCGAUGCCGCCCUGCCCACCGCCAAGGUGGAACAGCAUGCUGGGGCCCAUGACACCCCACCGCAGGCCGGGCCCGUUGGACAUGGUGCGGUCGAUGUCGGACACGUCGGCGACGCCUUCCUGCACCAGGUGCAUGACCUCGCGCAUCAGCGCCGCCUGCAGCCGGUUGGCCACGUGCCCGACCACCUCCUUCUUGACAUGCACCGCCUUCUUGCCCACGUCCUCGUAGAAGCCCAUCGUCCUGCUGAUCGCUUCUUGGGACGUCUGCUCCCCGCCCACCACCUCCACGAGAGGGAUGAGGUGUGGCGGGUUGAACGGGUGGCCUACCACCACCCGCUCAGGUUUGUGCUGCGCCUUAAGCCCCUGCUGGAUGCUCGAGCACGUCAGCCCGCUGCUGCUCGUCGCGAUUAUGGUGUCUGGGCCGACGAGAUGGGCGACCUCGCGGAAGAGUUUCUGCUUGAAGUCUAA